AUGGCCGACGCCCGAACCCUCUUGCGACAACAACGUGCAGCACGUCAGCAGGCCCAGAAGCCCCAGAAACAGUCUCCGGGACCAGCAGCAGCACCAACAACGAAGAAGCGGAAGGCUCCUGAUCAGGGCGGAGAGGAGAAGAAGCGUUCGCGAACCGAGGAGGAGGCGGGCGUUCCGGCCGGAUUCUUCGAUGCGGGCGCGACAAACGACGACGGCGACGACGACGGCGACAACGACCAAGUCGCGCCUGGCCCUGUAGAAGAGAGCCCAGUAGUGGCAGAAAUCCCAGCCCCAGAGCCUCCGGCACCCGUAGACCCGCCGCUCGACGCUGCAGCACAAGCAGAACUCGAUGCCUUCAUGACCGAGAUGAGCACAGAGAAGCCGAUCCCACAGUCAGCCAAGUCCGCCUAUUCAGGUGCCGUCAUAGAAGCAGCACCCAUGACGGCCGCUCGGCUCGCCGCCCAAGUAAGAGAAGAACAGAAUGCACAACGCGCCAAGAGGGACGAAGAAAUGGAAGGAGAGAAGGAAGAUGCUGCGCGGGCUCUCGAGGACGAGUUUGAAGAGAUGGAAGGACUAGAGGAGAGGGUCAAGAGGCUACGGGAGCAGAGAGAGGCGCUGCGGUCGGUGUCUGGACGGGCAGGCGACGUACCAAACCAGGAGCCCACAGCCCCUCAAAAUGAAGAAGACGAAGAAAGCGAUUCGGAGGAUGAGGACUGGGACGACUGGCGGUUCCGCCCCGCCUAA